UCAGUUAGUUUCACGUGGGCCGUAGCGGGACGAGGGUGGCCAUGUGUUAUGAUCUCCACUGACGAGAAGUUCUUCACCCACUACUUUCAUAAUAGUUAUCACUAGAUAUCAAUGGGGAAAAAGUAUAAGAAGAAAGUACAAUGGAGACAGCUAUCUUUAAAAGAACUUCAACCAACCAGCGGAGACAAGGACGGCGAAGAGUGUGAGGAGGAAGAGGAAGGCGAGGGCGGCUCUCUCUCGCCCACACAGGACCCCAGCUGCCCCUACCCCCGCCCCUACCCGAGGCACCCCCACCAUCCACACCACCCACACCAGUUCCCGCCGCCACACCACUUCCCCCGCAGAGGCGCGCACCACCACGCGGGCGGUGGUUACUACUACAGGAACAAUUUUGACAAGAGGUUCGACAGACGCGGCGGUUUCGAGAAUAUCAGAAACCUAGAGAACCGGCCGUACAAGCCCUUCUACGACAGACACUACCAGUACGACAACAACAAGUACUGUGGACGACCCCCUUACUGCGGAGAGCGAGGGGGUUACAAGUUUGGGUACAGUGAGAGAGGUCGUCGUCCAUUCAGACCGUUUGGACGACCUGGGUUCUUCCACAAGGGGUUUCCGGGCCACCAGUUCCCCGAUGGAAGGCGAAACACAGGAGUCGAGGAGUAUUUCAACCAGGAGGAGGAGGAGGAGGAGUGGGAUGAUGUCACGGUGUCGGAGGAGCAGCAGCAGAGUGGGUGUGACGGGGAUGAGAAGCCGUCACAGCCCGUCCACACCGUUAUGAUCAACAAUGAAGAAUACACCAAGAUCCAGACGCCGCGCCAGGAGGUGAUAUUUAAAAAGAGUUCCUUAGACCGCCGCCAGGACUCCCUCGACCAGUCCUCAGUCACAGGCUCCACCACCUCCGCCAGCGGCUCUUCCAGCACUACCGGAGCGGCGGAUGGGACUCCCGGGGGCACCGCAGACCAGAUUGGCGUGGAUCAGGAGUCGGUGUCCGGUUCCCUGGAGGACAACACGCCCUCCGUGGCGGAUGACGAGUCCCAGGAGCAGGGCGGCGUGCAGGACCAUGUGUUUGAAGACCCCAAUGAGCUCUUCGUGAACGAGAGUGGGCCUCCCCUGGCGGGCGUGGUGAUGCAGCAGGCCUAUCCUGGAGGGCCUAUGUACACCAUCCCCGUGCACUGGACUCCAUUCAUCGACCCCACAUUCAUCCCCGGAGAGACGGCGCUCACCCCCCUUGACCCUGCCUUCACGCACGUCAUCGACCCCAAGGCUCUCCCUAUCGACCCAGUACACAUUCUGCCCGUCCAGCACGAUGCCGCCGGCUGCCCCGUCCAGGUACAGGUGAAGGUAGACUCGAAUGGAGUACCAAUUCAGAUAGAGCCAAGCGCCUUCACCGUAUCGCUGAGUUCCAUCCCGCAGCACCACCAGCGGGAAGAAGAGCCACCUAAGGCAGCCACUGAAGACACGGCGACCUCGAGCGACCAGGAGGGGCAGGAGGCAAACCCGAUGCCGAAGGAGACAGAAGGAGAGGAGAAUGAGGAGAGAGAGAACGAGGAGGAUGAGGAUGAGGAUGAGGAUGAGGAGGAGGAGGAGGAAGAGGAAGAGGAGAAGGAGGAGGUAGAAGGUGAGACAGCCAAGACACAAGAUACGCUUAAUGAGGCAGGAGAGAUAUUAGGAGAUAAAGAAGACAAAUUAGGGGAUAAACCGGAGACAAAAGACACUGAGGAGCAGGAGGAGAAGGAAAGGGAAGAAAAGACAGAUGAAGUAGCCGCGAGUGGGACACAAGAAAGACACCAACAGUCUACCUCAACUGAACUAAGCGCCCAGUCUUCCUCUUGUGACGCGGACGAAAAGGUGGCGAUUGAAGAGAAAGAGAGAGUGGGAGAGGAAAGCGAGGGAGCCAAGGAAAUCAACAAAGGAGAAAAGGAAAACAUUAAGGAAUGUGAAGAGAUUCGUGAGGUGAAAGAGGCGGCGGAACCAGUGCCAACAGAACACGGGAGCAAGGUGGAGGUAAGAAAGGAGGAAGAGGAGGAGGAAGAAGAGGAAGAAGAUGAGGAGGAAGAAGAGGAUAUGUUGACCAAGGAAUCGGAGGAAGGUUCAGACUCCAGUGACUCCCAGUAUGCCAGCAUGAGUGAGUCGUCCACCACGCCCACCACGCCUUCAGGAGAGCUCACAGAUCCACACGAGACGCCCACGGCCACCCACGCCACACCCGCCUCUUCCUCCGACCCCAGCAAGCAUCCCCAAGCCACGGAGACCGACAGCCACGACAGCCAGCAAGAGACGCCGGCUGUCACUUGUGCGGAUGGAGGAAGCACGGGUAUUGAGGUCCCGGGAGACAGCCAGACGGACAGCCAGGAGCCGGAGGAAGGCGGUGAGGACGGCCCAGAGGAGACGCCCAAGAUCUCUCAAGGAUAUGUCAUGGUUCCAAUCCUGACUCCUUACUACGACCCCUCAGUGUUGUACGGGUACCCGGUUGUAGUGCCCACCCAGCAGCAGCAGGUCGUGGUACCCAGCCAGCAGCACCCACAGCCAUCUCCACCGCCACAGCAGCACCACCACAAUUAUAGCAAGAAGAAAAAGAAAAAAUAUCAGCGUCGCCGUCAAGUGGACGCCCAGCCCGCUGGGGGCUAUCUGGACCCUCAGCUGUACACUGGCGAGCCCUUCGUGGCAACCCCCGGCGGCUAUGUGGUGCCCUUGGAGAGUGCUGCCUCAGUGUGCCACAUCCAUGGCAUCCAGUACGUGACUCCAGCCUUCCACCAGCGGCUGCCUGACGAGGGCUUUGUCUCUGUGCAGCACUCCCCCUACCUGCCCGACGUAGCUGCCGACCCUCCCACUGCAGAGGCUCACACACCCGAAGGGACCAAUAGUCAGUCGGACACUGCCAGGACUGUCUUCAGUGACCUCCAGGAUACUGAACGACAGCAGAUUCAGGAAAUACUUCAGGAACAUAAUAAAGUGAGUAAGACAGACUCAACAGAAUCCUCAGACUCUGGGGUGUCUGAGUCUGAGGAGGCUGCAGCUGCCGAGGCUUCAUCCGAUGAACUAGAGGCCCGCCAGGACGCCUCGCCCACAGAGGUCACGCCCGAGCCAGAAGACAGCCCGGACAUCGCUACAGACUCCGCCUCCUCAGCAUCACAGUGCCAGCAGGACUCAUUGACUGCCCCAGUGGUUGAGGACACACAGCCCCUGUCCAUCCAACACAAUGCUGUGACAGCUGAGCUCUGCAGUGCCUCUGUGCAGGCUGAUGCUGAGCUCAGUGUUCCCAAAGAGUCACAAGCCUGCCAAACAGAGGAGUCAAUAUCUGAGGACCAAGCACCUUGUGAGGAAGUGAUAGUGCCACAUGUAAGUGAAAGCUUACAGGAGGAAGUUACGUGCUGUGAAUACAACUCUGGAGCUGCACCAGAAUUCAUUACUGCAGAUAUAGAGAGAACAGCUCCUCAGACAGAAGAGCUGCCAGCCAGUCCAAGUCCUGUUUCUCAGGGAGAAGAUGAUAUCACUAAUGAAGAAUGCAGUGACAACACAGUCCUAGCAGAAGCUGAUGAAGGGGAUGAUGUAUGUGAGCCAGAAAUAUCAAGUACAUGCAGCACCAUCAAAGAGUCUUCAACUGACACAUCUGGUAGGGACAGUGAAAUACAAAUACUUGCUCAAGAAACUGAGGAAACACUCAUCAGUAAUACUUCAGUAAUAGAUGUAGCUAUCGAUAAUCAAAACUCCGUCAGUUCUCCAGAAAUAACGAGUGAUACUUGUGAUGAACUGACUGAAAAUCCUUCCAAUGAAUGCAUCAACUCUUCAAGCAAUAUUGAUGAAAAUGUACCAUGCAAGAGUGAAGGAGUUUUACUAGAGGAAGAAAAUUUUGAUGCUGAAGUGAAUGACAGUGAAACAGUAACUUUAAGUAAAGAAAGUUAUGAAGAAAGAGAUCAUAUAUCUAUAGGACGGUUAAAAGAGUUAAAAGUGACUGAAGCUGUUACAAGGUGGAUUAGGGAAGUUACUCCAGAAAAAGCAUUUACCCUCUCUGAAGAGGUUCAGUCUCGUCUACUUGCUGAGAAAGAAUCCAUUGGAGAAAUGGAUACUGAGGACGAAUACAUCGAGGACGAGAUGGCCACCGAGACAAAAUCCACAACCGUUCCUGAGCCAAAAAACGUGAAAGGCAACCCUUUCGUUGCACCGUCCAGUGAAUCCCCAGUCAUGGGGGUGGACGGCUGCAGCAAAAGGGUUGCGUUGAUUAAUAAGUUCCGAGGAACUACGCCUGAUAUCAUUGAUGAUUAUGAUGGUUCUAGCACCAUCAGUAACCUUAGUGUUGGUAAUUUGCACUCAGAAGCAUCUAGUUGCCUUGCUUCUGUCAACCAAAGUUUUGAUGAAGAUGUAGACAAGUAUGCAGGAAACCCUGAGAUGUAUGAUCCUUCAGCAUAUGCCAAGUAUUACCAGUUGGGCAUAGAAGUGGAUGAAAUAACACCCACAGCAACACCACCAUUGAUAGGGCAGGAUUCUUGUGAAGCUACACCCUCUGGUCUCAUUAAUUCAGACUCUGUUAGUGAAUGUGGGUCAGAAGAUAUUGACUCUGUGCCUCACAAAUAUGAAAUGACACAGCAAUACACAGAGUCUUCUCCUUUAUCAUUAGCAACUGAAAUUCUCAAGGCAGAGAAAGUAAUAAACAACAUGGUCCACAUAACGGGAGACCGGGAGUCUUCAGUAAUUGCCGAGCAGACCUAUGGAAAUCCAGAUAUAUUUCUGAAGCACUACGAUGCAAUCUCUCGCAAUGAAGUGAGUGACAGCGGAGUGCAAUCUGAAGACAGCAGUGAUGAGACAGAGGGACGCAGCAUUGUCAGCAGCAGUGGUGUUGGGUCAUCACUUGCCUCCACCCCAGCAGUAUCCCCUGCCCACAAUCUCAUGGGCAGACCACCUCUCCAGCCAUACCCUCUGAAAAAUUUGUCUGUUGGAGAGGGUCCAGUACCCUGCAAGACAGUGUGCUGUGCUGUCAUGUGAGCAACUUACCCAUUAAUUUAUAAAUGGGUUUUGCUCCUUUUUGUUAACCCUGUGGCGUGGAAGGCAGGCAAAGGGGGCAUCUCCCUCUGCCCCCGCCCGCUCGUGCCUUACAGGGAGAUUUCUGGGUGGGGGACUGCCCAGACACCAAGGGUACAACGCUUACACUGCUGUGAACGGUGAUCCACGUGAUCACAUGCUCACCUGUUAUUUUUAAAGCAUUUGACUGAUAUAAAGAAUAAAUAACUCAGUCAGUAUAUGUGUGUAUGUUGGAUGCAGUAUGAGUAGUGAGUCAGAGCAGGUUGCUGUAGGAUAGUGUCCUUGAAUUCCUCAAGAACUGUGCUUUUGGUGCUAAGGUCGUCGAGCCCAAAAGAAGGCACAUGGCCUCACCUGGGCUGCACUGCAAUUGAUAUCUUCAGCCCUGCAAGGUCUCUCCCCACCCACAUAGAAGCUUAUGCAUCUUUUCCAGGUGUAGAAGGCUCCACAUCAUAGUGGGCAGUUGCCCUGUCAGGCUUGGGGAUGAAAGUCCAACAAAGUCACAUCACCCAGAGAGUUGCUUCAUUCUCAUGCAAUGUCAUUGUGAUAGGCAUAGUGAACCCUAUAGAUAGCUGUUAUUUAUUUUUAGACACGUGAUGUUUUAGUCUUAAUGUAGAGAUGUUAUACCCUUGUGCAUUUACAUGUCAUUUGGGUAGUGUUUAUGGUAGGUAGCAUUGCUGGCUGCAGAGAGGAGCAUAGGUGGGCCCAGUGCCUCGUAGGAUAGCCAGGGCUGGAGAGCACACUUACUUUUUUUUCUUUUUUUUAUUACAUCAUUUGACUCAAAUUUUGACAAUCUUCAUUUUUUGGGAACUGACAUAAAAGAAUUGGCACUAGUCAAUUUGAAGCCAGUUUUCUCUGAAGAUCAAUUAGGUGUGUGUUUUCCAGGCUUGAACACUUAGUAUCCUACAGUUUUGUUGAAACAGCUGUAUGUCGUAGAGACAGCUCUCCUCAUUACUAGAUAGAUGCCUCUUUUGUUGCAACUGUUGGAUGUCAACGGAGACCCAUUGCUGCAUCAAAUUAAUUUGCAUAGUACACAGCAUAGCUGAUAAAUGCAUGUCAUUUCAUCUGUUACAUUUACAAUUUUAAGGGUAAUGCUGCAACUAAUGUUCACCCACCAAAUAGAAAAGAUGGAAAUGCUUGAUUGUUACACAUCGAAAUGUAAGAAAUGGUUGUUCUUGAAUGAUGCAGAGUUUGAGUUGUUGUUUGUUAUAGCUUAUAUACAAUGGAACUGAAGUUCACCUAUUUUUGCUGAUGCCUGUUUCAAGGUUUUUACCUCUUGUUGUAUGAUGAAAGAUUUGCUGACCAAUGCACUCUCUUUUGCAUAUCUUCAGCCUUUGUGAGCAAUGGAUCAUGAUCCUAAUGCCUCUGUGACUUAAAAAGACUGUGGCAGCUUAACUGAAGUACCUUGGCUGUGUUAAAAAUGUUACUUCAUAAUUACAGAUGAUAAUUUCUUUAUUUUUCAGAUAUAAUUCAGAGACCAACUAUGCCAUUAUCAAUUUCCACUGUUGCCAUAUUACUUAUAUUCCAUAGUAAAGACUGGCUGCACCCUAUAUGGUUAAAUGCCAAGGCUGUUGGAUUGUUGUUUUCUUUUUUGUAAAUAUAGAAUCAAUAAAAUUUGUUGUAAUUAAA